AUGCAAUUAUUUUUAGGAACAUGUAUUUUUUUAAUCUUUAUUAGUAUAAAAAGAGUUUUUUCAGAAGAUGACGGUCUUAUCAAUGAUUAUUCUCCAUUAUAUGAAGAUGAUCCAUUACUUUCCUCUAUACUUAAGAGUGAUGAAUACCAUGUUCAAUUAUAUGAACAAUUAAAAUGGAUAGAACACGAAAAUUUAUGGCAGAAUUACAAAGAUGACUACUAUUAUCUAGCUACUAUAUUAAAUAGCUAUGAUUUAUAUUAUUAUUGUGAAGCUAAAUUAAAGGAAGCCUGCAUUGAUAUAGAGGACUUAAGUAAAAGAUUCCAAAAGAUUUGCAAAAAGCCUCAAGAAUCAUGCAAUAAUCUAUACAAUAAAAUUAUAAAGAAAGUAAAAGAGUUAGUUACUAUCUUUUCAAAUGGACAAAAAGAUGGGUAUGAUCGGUGUAGUAAGUUACUGAUUGAAUGCUUUUUCCUAGAACAUCAUGCUCCAAGUUAUAUUGGUGAUGAAUGUACUACAUUAAAAGAGUAUUGCUAUAAUAAAGUCCGUAUGGGAGUGGCUGAAAUAAUUGUUUAUGAUUUUUUGAGAGGAACUUCAAAUGAUUUAGAUACUUGCAUAAGGAAACUUCGAAACGAAUGUCAAUCAAUUAAUCAACGAAGUCCUGAAUUAUUCGGUUUAUGUAUUAAUGUUAAGGAUAUUUGUAAAAAAUUUAUUUUGAAAUCUAAAAAAGAAUGUCAAAGUUCUCAGAUUUCACAUCCAUUGAAACAAAUCUCACAAGAAAAAUGUAGAACUUUGUUAGCAAAAUGCUAUUCUAUUCUUUCAGACUGUCCAAUUCUUCGUUCACAGUGCCGUUUAUUAAAAAUGGAUUGCGCAGAAAAAGGCUUUUUUUAUGAUAUUUCGGAAAAUUAUAAUUUUGGUCUUCUUGAAAACCCGUCUACUCAUAUGAACAGAAAUGGUGUUGAAUAUGCCUAUGGAAAAUUAUAUAAUUCAGGUAUACAUGUUACCAAAAUACAGAAUCUUUCAGAUUUACUAAUUGUCAAUUUUUUAAUAAAUAAAACAACAGCAGUAGACAAUGAUUGUAAAGUAAUGUUGGAUAAAAAAUGUUCUUCGAUAAAUUAUUUAAGCUACAUUAAGCCUAUAUGCAAUGCAUCUUCGAAUAAUGAAUAUAAAAUUUGUAAAGACAUAUAUUACAAAACCAAAGAUUAUUGUUAUUCACUUUUAAAAAAGUUUAAAGAAAGUAAUCAAUUUUGGUGGUAUUCAGAUCGUCCUUUUUCAAAAACCGAAUGUGAAGAAUAUCUUUCAAUAUGUUAUUUUAUUGGUGAAUAUUUUUAUUACUGGAUGAGUUACGAUACUUGUAAAUAUGUACGAGUUGUUUGUUAUCAAGAAAAUUUAGAUGCAGCUACAAAUGUAAUUUUAAUAAAAAAGUUAAGUGGAAAAUUUGAAUUAAAAAGAGAUAAUCGAGGAAUCAUAGCUUUAUAUCGAGCUAUGAGCGAUUGUAAAAAUGCUCUUUUAGAAGAAUGUGGCAAUUUUAUGUAUCAUAGUUAUCCUAUACUAUAUAAAUGUUUACAUCCAAAAGAAACAUGCAGAAAUUUAACAAACCUUCUUGAUAAAAACUGCGAAAGAUUAGAGGAAAACUUAAAAGCGGCAAUCCCAAAUCCUGAAUAUACUACGUGUAGACAAUUAAAAAAAGAAUGUAAUGAAUUAGGACCAUAUUCUGAAUCUACAUUGAAAUUAUGCAGAAAUUUCAAAAAGAUAUGUGAAAAUGUAGAUAAGUUAAUGGAAUUUAAAUUAAGUAUACUUAAGAAAAAAAAUUCAGUUUUUAAAAAUAACACAACAUGUUUUGAUUAUCUCAACGAUUAUUGUUCGAAAAAUGUCGCAAGUCACAUAUGUACUAAUAAAAAUAAAUCAUGUACACAAAUGUUAGAUCAAAUUUCGAUACACUGCGAACAAUUAUCUUUUUAUUUAUCAUAUUAUAAAUCUUCUAAUGGUCAAAUAAAUCAUAUAAAUUAUGGUCGUUGUUCUCAAUUCCUCAAUUACUGUAAAAUGCUCAAAGAAACCUGUUCUAAUUUAACUAGUAUAUGUUUUCAAGUUGAACAAUCAUGUAACAAAAUUUCAACUGAAAAGGAAAACGUUAUCACUUUGAUCAAAGUCGUUGGCAAAGAAAUAUUUAAUCGUAGUAAAUGUGAAAACAGAUUAGAUGAAAUAUGCAAAAAUACUAUUACGAAAAAAAAAAUGAAUGAGCUAUGUACUAGAGUUAAUGAUACAUGCAAAAUUUUGAAAUUGCAUUUAGAAAAAAUAUGUGAUCAGCUUACAUUAAAAAUCUUUAAUUUUUUGUUUACUAAUUCUAAAUCUAGAAUAGAAUGUCAGAAAUUAACACUUUUAUGUUCAUCUAUAGCAUCUUCUUGCAAUGAAACUAAUGUUAAAGUUCUUCCUUUAUGUCUUAACUUUACUAUUGUAUGCAGCAAAUUGCCUGAACAGCCAAAACCUCCAAAACCGCCAAAACCAUCAGAACCAUCAGAACCACCAGAAUUACCAGAACCACCAGAAUCACCAGAAUCACCAGAAUCACCAGAAUUACCGGAAUCAUCGGAAUCAUCGGAAUUACCAAGGCCGAAACCAACACUAACAAAUUCAACUACAAUAUUAACAAGUACACAAUCGUCAACUACAAGUUUAUCAACUACAUCAAUUACAAAAUCAUCAGCUACACGUUCAUCAACUACACGUUCAUCAGCUACACGUUCAUCAACUACACGUUCAACUACACGUUCAACUACACGUUCAACUACACGUUCAUUAAGGCCUAAACCAACAAUAUCCUCUGACGAUAGACGUAUAAUAGGCUUUGGAAUUAGGCCAAGAAAAUUAAGGGGAAUAGAGUUAAUCUGGAUGAUUGCAGGAACAAUAUUGGGAAUGUGGAUAAUUGUUUAA